AUGAAUAUAACCGACGAAGCAAGAAAAAUAGGUGAAAACGAUCAGAAGAAGAAGAAAGAAGAAAGAAAUGCCAGGUUGAAAGAUUUCAUCGACAACACAACUCUACAUGGAGCGAGAUAUGUUAAUGAAAGAAACCCUGUCCGAAAACUAUUUUGGAUUGUAUGCCUAAUAGCUGCGUUCGCCUACUGCGUUAGUCAAACCAUUGACUCCAUACAACAUUUCAGGUCAAGGCCUUACGCGACAAUCAUCGAAAUGAAGCAAGAAAAACYGCAGAAAUUUCCAGCCGUGAGUUUUUGUAAUCUAAACAUGCUGAAUACCAGAAAGUACCGUGAUCAUGUGAAGAUGAGAUUUCCCGGUACAUCGGACAGUGAAAUAAACGCUGAUAUCAAAUACAUGGCGAGGAACUUACGGAGAAUUAUUGAAACGACGUUUYGCGUUAACUACUCCAGGURCUUSCCCURGGAAAAAAACUUGACAAAUUCGACCAGAAUGAAWURAUUCUACACAAKCGAUACAGCAAAGAGAAGCCAUCUUAUCCAAGAGAUGCUUCUGCCUAAAGAGCUGUUCUCCUGUMUGUACAAUUUUAGACCAUGCAAUGCCGACGAUUUCGACCCAGUAGACAUAACUCCUUACGGCAGAUGCUAUACCUUUCGACCACGGAACAGAUCUGUUAAAUUCACAGGCAGUGCAACUGGGCUCCGGCUCGUGCUGAACGUGGGCUUAAGUUCAUACUUGGACAAUGGUUAUAAUCUUAACGUUGGCUURAUCGUUGCUGUCCAUCCRCAUGGUACURCUCCAAAUAUSAACGAAGGUUUUUACACCCUGUCUGGCGCUUARACGUCUUGUGAAGCGAGGCGAAAGCAGUUUAUUAGUCUUGAAUUUCCAUAUCCAACAGCAUGUGGUACAAUGAAGAAUUGGAAAUACGAAAAAAAGAAAUACAGGCGAAACUUGUGCUACUAUGAAUGCUACCAGAGGGAGGUUAGGAAGAAAUGCAACUGUUCUCUGGAUGAUACUGGCACUGAUGGUUACNCUCAACGUAAUAUUGGAGGUAACCUUGGCUUGUUUCUUGGGAUGAGUCUUUUAACAUUAACAGAAAUUGUAGAAUUUGCUGUCAUCGCAUUGUGGAAUAGGAUGUGCCGCAUGGGUGGUAAGAAGGUUAACGUUACCCAAGAGUGA